CACACACACACACCGACGGACUCCAAGAAAAGAUUACUCAUAUACCUACCUCUCUCUUCUACAUUCCUAACUCUCCCUUCUCCUUUUCCUUUCAUGGCUGGAAUACUAGUGAAACGUUUGUUUUUCUUUGUAUCAGUAUGUCUUGCUGUCAAUCUAGCCUUAUGUACUAGUAACAACAUCCCAAACACAAAGAAAACUUACAUCAUCCAAAUGGAUAAAUGGUCAAAGCCAGAUGUAUUCAUUGACCAUACGAAAUGGUACUCAUCACUAGUAAAAUCAGUACUAGCAUCUACACCAGAAAAAGAAAGUACAAGGGACGAAGAAGAGAGGUUACUUUAUACCUACCAGACUGCUUUUCAUGGAGUUGCUGCUCAGCUCAGUGAACAAGAAGUGACAAAAUUACAAGAACAACAUGGGGUUUUAGCUGUUUUUCCUGAAACUAAGUAUCAGUUGCAUACCACUAGAAGUCCACUGUUUCUUGGCCUUGAACGUGAAGAUGGCACAAAGUUAUGGUCAACUAGAUUAUCAGACCAUAAUGUAAUUGUGGGUGUGCUUGACACAGGAAUAUGGCCGGAAAGCCCAAGCUUUAACGAUACUGGAAUAACAGGUGUUCCAGCUCACUGGAAAGGUGCAUGUGAAACGGGGCGUGGUUUUGAAAAACAUCACUGCAGUAACAAAAUUGUUGGUGCUAGAGUUUUUUACCGUGGGUAUGAAGCAGCUUCUGGUAAAAUAAACGAACGUGAUGAGUUCAAAUCAGCACGCGAUCAAGACGGUCAUGGAACUCAUACAGCCGGAACUGUUGCUGGUUCUGUAGUUCGUGGUGCUAAUCUUUUGGGCUAUGCUUAUGGUACUGCAAGAGGAAUGGCACCUGCUGCUAGAGUUGCAGCUUACAAGGUGUGUUGGGUGGGUGGUUGUUUCAGCUCAGAUAUACUUUCUGCAGUUGAUCAAGCUGUUGCUGAUGGAGUAAAUGUACUGUCCAUCUCUUUAGGUGGUGGAGUUUCGUCUUAUAAUCGUGACAGUUUGUCAAUUGCAGCUUUUGGGGCUAUGGAGAAAGGGGUGUUUGUUUCAUGUUCAGCCGGAAAUGGUGGACCUGAUCCAAUUAGUCUUACAAAUGUGUCACCAUGGAUCACUACAGUAGGAGCUAGUACUAUGGACAGAGAUUUUCCAGCAACUGUUAAGCUUGGGACUGGGAAAAUUGUGACGGGAGCUUCACUUUAUAAAGGUAGGAAGAAUCUUUCAGCACAACAGCAGUAUCCUUUAAUUUAUUUAGGAAAUAAUUCGAGUAGUCCUAUGCCGGGUUCAUUGUGCUUAGAGGGUACUUUAGAUGGUGCUGCUGUUGCUGGGAAAAUUGUGAUAUGUGAUAGGGGAAUUAGUCCUCGAGUUCAAAAAGGACAAGUGGUUAAAGAAGCUGGAGGAGUAGGAAUGAUUUUGACAAACACUGCAGCUAAUGGGGGGGAGUUGGUUGCAGAUAGUCACCUUCUUCCUGCAGUAGCUGUUGGUGAAAUGGCAGGAAGAGCAAUCAAGCAUUACGCUUCGGCUCGAAAUGCCACUGCCACUUUGAGAUUUCUUGGGACUAAAUUAGGUAUCAGGCCUUCUCCAGUAGUUGCAGCAUUUUCUUCUAGAGGACCUAAUUUCCUCACUCUGGAGAUUCUUAAGCCUGAUAUGGUGGCACCAGGAGUUAAUAUCCUUGCAGCUUGGACUGGUGCUUUAGGUCCAUCUAGUUUGCCUAUCGAUCAACGAAGGACGAAUUUCAACAUAUUGUCUGGAACUUCAAUGUCAUGUCCACAUGUUAGUGGCAUUGCUGCUUUGCUUAAGGCUAGGCAUCCAGAUUGGAGUCCAGCAGCAAUUAAAUCUGCGCUUAUGACAACUGCUUAUGUUCAUGAUAACACUUAUAAGUCUCUUAAAGAUGCCUCGUCCGCUACUCCUUCUACCCCAUAUGAUCAUGGUGCAGGACACAUCAAUCCACGGAAAGCUGUUGACCCUGGUCUGAUUUAUGACAUAGGUGCACAGGAUUACUUCGAGUUCCUGUGCACGCAAGAGCUCAGCCCUUCACAGCUAAUGGUUUUUGGGAAGUUCGCAAACAGAACUUGCCACCAUUCGCUUGCCAAUCCAGGCGACUUGAACUACCCAGCUAUAUCUGCAGUUUUUCCUGAAGACUCAAAAGCUUCAGUGCUGACACUUCACAGAACAGUCACCAAUGUGGGCUCUCCCGUCUCAAGUUAUCAUGUUAGAGUCUCAUCGUUCAAAGGGGCAGUUGUGAAGGUUGAGCCAGCACAAUUGAAUUUCACCAGCAAACAUCAGAAACUGUCUUACAAGGUGAUUUUCGAAACAAAAUCUCGUCAAAAAGCACCUGAAUUUGGAUCACUGGUAUGGAAAGAUGGAAGACAUAAAGUAAGAAGCCCGAUUGUGGUCACAUGGCUAGCAUCACUAUAGUUCAGCUAGCCAAAUCUCAACCAGCACUUUGUUCGCGGAGGGUAAUAAAAAACAUGUUGAGGCAAGUCAAUAUGCUUCAGCAGUGUUGUUUUUACUGGAAUUUCUUUUGUUCAUUUCUAUCUAUAUUGUCAAAUUACUUGUAGAACUAUCGAUAUGAUGAAUUUGGCAAUACGAGUCCAGAAAAAGUUAGUUUCAA